AUGUCCAAGAAGGAUAAAAAGAGAGCCACUGUUCAAGGAAAGCUUAAUAAAAUGGAUGAAAACUUUAAACUUGACAAGGAUUACCACUAUCGCUCAAUGCUACAAGAUUUGCAAAGAUCCUUAAGUACGAUGCAUCAAGGAACGAAUGAAGUUCUCGUUGAGAGAAUGAAGGAUUUUGAAGAAUCGAGAGAUUAUGAAUUGGUUGAGUUGAGACUAUGGGAAGAAUAUCAAGUCCAAAGAGCAGAGAAGGAGUUUUUCGAAGAAGUUGAAAAGGCAAACACUGAACAUGAUGAAAUGGUGAAGUUGGUUAAGGAGAAAUUAUAUGCAAAUUUGGAGAAACAAAUUAAACAAUUAAAAGAGGAUAAGAUUCUACUGGACCUGGCUAAUUCACACUCUUAUAAUAUGGAUACAAGUUUGACGAAUGUCCAUGAUUUCCAUAAAAACACAAGAUCAUCCAAUUCGUUGAAAGAUAGCACGAUAAGUUCGAUUGGUUAUAUGAGUGAUAGAAGAGGGUUGAGAAGACGUGAUAUGAACUAUAGUACAAAUAAUGAUGAUAGUCAUCUCAGUGCAAAUGAUUCAGGUAAUAAUUCAAGCUCAAAAAAGAGAAAAACAAAUGGUUCAAGUGGCCGGUACAGUUCAAAUGAUGAAACUUUUAUGAGUGAUAAUGGUGAUCUAAGCUCUAUUUUGUUUGGUGAGAAGCCUGAAAAGGUACAUACAAGACAUUCUUCGAAAUCAUUUGUCACGCCGCCUGGGUUGAAACCAGAAGAAAUUAAUGAUGAUUUGCUACUGAUGAAGAAGAAAUGA